AUGAUCCCAAGCCACUGUUAUUGCUUGUUUGGUAUUAUCACCAUCUAUUUCUCCCUUCUAACCCACACUCUGUCUUCUCCUACGCUCCACUUCUGCCGACACGAGCAAAGGGAUGCUCUUUUGGAGUUCAUAGACGAGUUUCGCUAUGGAAAUACAAGUAUACUUUCGUGGAAGAAGAGCAGUGAUUGCUGUCAUUGGAAGGGUGUCACCUGCGAUGAAAAACAUGGCCAGGUGAUAUCUCUCAAACUUUCUGACGCAUCUCUCAAAGGCUCUUUGAAAACUAAUAGUAGCCUUUUUAGACUCCAAUAUGUGCGUCACCUAGACCUAAUGAACUGUGAUCUCAUAGGAGAUAUUCCUUCUUCAAUAGGAAACCUUUCUCGUCUCACAUUUAUUGACCUUUCUAUGAAUGGUUUGGUAGGUGAGAUUCCAGCUUCGGUAGGCAAUUUAAACCAACUAAGAGACCUUAUCCUAGAAAAUAACCGUCUCACCGGAAUGAUUCCUUUUUCAAUAGGAAACCUUACUUAUCUCUUACAUCUUAGACUUUCGGGCAAUCAUUUGGUAGGUGAAGUUCCAAAUUCUAUCGGAAACUUAAACGAGCUAAAAGUCCUGUCCCUUGAAAACAACAACUUUAGUGGUAACCUUCCUAUUUCAUUUGCCAAUUUAACCAAGCUUUCCAAUAUUGUUCUCUACUAUAAUAACUUCACAUCCAGGCUUCCUUCAGACAUGAGUGGAUUAUUCCACAACUUGAAGUCUAUCGAUAUUGCUUUCAACUCAUUUUUCGGGCCUUUCCCUAAAUCCUUGUUCUCCUUUCCUUCGUUAGAAUAUUUUCAUGUGGAAGAAAACCAAUUCCAAGGACCUAUAGAGUUUGCGAAUACAUCAUCGCCUAAGCUAGAGUUUCUAAACCUUUCUCUUAACAAAUUCGAUGGUCCAAUCCCAGAAUCCAUAUCUGAGUUUCUCAACCUCAAGAACUUAGAUCUUAGCAACAACAAUUUCACUGGUUCAAUCCCUAGAUCAAUUUCAAAGUUAGUCCACCUCACAGAUUUAGACCUUUCCUACAACAAGUUGAAAGGUGAAGUGCCAAGAAACACCGAUCCAGUUUCUGGAUCUGAGUUCAAAUUCAUUCAGCGGACCAUUUCCGCAUUGGAUAUGCAAACUUAA